GCCACAGAGAGGAGAAAAAAAAGGAGACAAAAAUGGCGGACCUGAGAAAAAUCUGUCCGGAGUCUUUACCCUGCCGUGUCAACUAUUCACGGAAAACCGCAUUACAUGGGAAGCUGUUCAUCCUCCUUUGUAUACUUACAGUGGACUCCGGAGGGGCUACGACCCACUGGGUUGUCACGGAGGACGGAAAAAUUCAACAGCAAGUGGACUCUCCUUUAAAUCUGAAACAUCCGCACGAUGUUGUGAUCUUCAUGAGGCAAGAGACUCGUGUUAACUACCUCAAGAAGCUGGAGAAGCAGCUCGUGGCACAGAAGAUUCACAUCGAGGAGAAUGAGGACCGAGAUACGGGUCUGGAGCAGAGGCAUUACAAAGAGGAUGCAGACUGUGUAAUGGCUAAGGUACCCCUGGGAGACCUGGAUCUGUAUGAUGGCACUUAUAUUUCCUUGGAAAGCAAAGAUAUCAGACCUGAAGAUUACAUUGAUUCCCGGUCUGCUCUGCCCCCAGAUCUGGAGAAGCCAGACUGUGGGAAAGUGUUUGAACUACCUUAUAGUAUCCAUGCUUUUCAGCAUCUCAGGGGUGUGCAGGAGAGAGCAAACUUGACCUCCCCACUUCUUUCUAAGGAGGAUCCCAUUUUUAGUUCAUUGUCUCUUAAGCUGGGUCGGAAUGCUGACGAGGUGGGCCAUCGCAUCCAUCAAGGCUUACUGAGGAAUUCAUCAUCCUGGGUGCUGUACAACAUGGCGUCAUUUUAUUGGCGUAUGAAGAAUGAGCCUCAGAAGGCUGUGGACUGUGUUGUGCGCGCUCUGCAUUUCUCCCCAAGGCAGCAUAAAGAUAUAGCCCUCGUCAACAUGGCCAACAUCCUGCAUCGUGCCCAUUUCUCAGCAGAUGCUGCUAUUCUUGCCCACGCUGCCCUCGACCUCACCUCAGAUCUCUUCACCAGCCACUACACCUUGGGCAACAUUUACGCUAUGCUUGGGGAAUACAACCACUCGGUGCUGUGUUACGAGCAGGCACUGCAGGCCCAGCCAGGCUUUGAACAGGCCCUGAGGAGGAAGCACGCUGUGCUGUGUCAGCAAAAACUGGAGCAACGCCUGGAAGCCCAGCACAGGUCCCUGCAGCGGACACUGAAUGAGUUGAAGGAGUACCAAAAGCAGCACGACCACUACCUUCGCCAGCAGGAGGCGCUGGACAAACACAAGCUGCUGCAGGAAGAACAAAUUCUGCGCAACAUUAUCCAUGAAACCCAGAUGGCCAAAGAAGCCCAACUUGGAAACCAUCAGAUGUGUCGGCUGGGUCAGCAGCAGCGCAGCCUCUACUGCCCCUUUGACCUGCCUGUGCGUUACCACCGGGGCGAUCUGUUUGAACAUGUUCAGUAUGUCCAGUUUGGAGAAGAGGUGUCGGUGGCAUCCAGUGUGGCACUUCUGUCAGAGCGCAACUCAAACCAGACAGAAGCCAGCCCCCAGCUCCACCCAACUGUGUCUGGGGAUCAGGAUCCUGCUGCCGCCCUCUGGGGCAGCCAUGAGGACUUGCAGAAGAUGUUGUGGCCACAGAGGACUGACUGUGCCCGUGAAUACCCAGGUGUUCCCCUUGCUCACUUGCUGCCAACCUACUACCUGUCACCUGAAACGCAGGGCAUCAGCCCAGUGGCAACUCUCCUCUAUGGGACCAAUAGUCCUGGGACAGUAGGUCUGCCAGACUGUGGUCCUGUCCCCCAACCAUAUCCAGCCCUUCUGCCUGCCUCACUAGACUGGCCUCUGGAAGAAAAAGAGCUGCCAGAUCCCCGAGCCUCUGAGAUACUGCAGUUACGCAGUGGAGGAUGGACACUAGACCAAAUUGGCUACAGAAUUGCUCAAGCUAUGAAAGAAGCUACUAUACCCCGCUGGCAGGUCCACAAUGAGGCGGCUCUGUUUUGGCGAGCCAAAGGCAACGGCAGCCGUGCCCUGCAGUGCCUGCGCCAAGCCUUGAGCUCAACUCCACCUUCCCAUCGCCACCUGCCUCUCACCAACGCUGCUAACCUGCUGCUACACCACGGCCUGGCCACCCACGCGCAAACACUACUGGAGUAUGCAUUGGCACUUAAUGCGUCAGAGCCUCACACCCUGCUCAGCCUAGUGAGCGUGCACUUGGCCCAGGGCAAUGUGACAGGUGCCCUGGCCUUGUUCCGCCACAUCCUGGUGACGGCCCUUUCCUCCUCCUCUUCUUUCUCAUCCUUUUCUGGCUGUGAACAGUGUCGCACCAGUCUACCUCUACUGCGUUGUCUUCAGUUCUACCCCUCCCUUUACAAUCUCUCAAACCGACAGCCCUGCUCAAUUGAUCCAGAGGGUGCUGCCUGCAUGGCUGAGGAGGACCUCAGCAUCCAGCUGGAGGAAUGGGAGGUUAGUGAAGAGAAGCAGGAUGCACUGGCCAUAUCUGCGAUGGAGGACACCCUGCUCUUUGAGAAGGUCAUCGUGGACAGUAACGGGUCAGGUGAGGCAGCUGGACAGCAGCAGGCUUCUCCCUCUGCAUCAGGGGCAGCUAAAAUGACUGGUUCUUUUGGAGAUGGAGGUGAAAAGGAGGAGGACUGGCAGCUAAAGGAGGACCUGAUGGGAGCGUUUGAGGGUGCACUGGAUGUUGGAGGGAAGCGAGGAGACCUGCGAGGAAUCAGAGUGCUAAAAAAUGACCGCGUCAUGGGUGCUCGUGCCGGGAGUGGGCCCUGUUUUGGAAACUGUGAGGAUGAUGAGGGAGCAGAGUGGAUCACUUUCCAAGUAAAACGGGUCAGGAAGGCUAAAGUGGAUGGGUCAGAAAGUGUUUCCAUCUCUGAUGACAGCCAGAAUGGGGACUCCCUGCCUGGGGGUCACUCUGUUUUGGAGAUCAGUGGUCCAACUAUCCCAUCGCCUGGUCCUUCAGGUCGUUGGAGAGACUACACCAGUCUUGGCUGGCCAGGGCCAGAGGAGUGCCAGCGGAUACGGAGGGUGGACCUCACCACUGUAGCUAGCACUUGGUUGGCUGUUUCUGCCAAGAACAUUGACAUCACAGAGCACAUAGACUUUGCCACUCCACUCCAGGAGCCAGCUGUUGAACCUUUAUGCAGUGCCAACCUAGCAGCUAGUAUGCACACCCUCGACCACCUGGCAGGGGUAGCCAAUCGCGCCGCCAUCCAUUACACUGGGGAGAGCCAACUGCGUGAGGUCCUGCAGAACCUCGGCAAAGAUAAGUUUUCCCCACAGUCCUUUGAGCAAGUGGGCACCCGCAUCGCUAAAGUCCUGGAGAAGAAUCAGACUUCCUGGGUUUUAUCCAGCAUGGCUGCACUGUACUGGCGAGUCAAAGGUCAAGGCAAGAGAGCCAUCGACUGUCUGCGACAAGCACUCAACUACGCCCCCCAUCAUAUGAAGGAUGUGCCACUUAUCAGCUUGGCCAACAUCUUCCAGAACGCCCGGUUAUGGGAGGACGCGCUUACGGUGGCUCGUAUGGCAGUAGAAAUUGCCCCGCACUUCGUUGUGAACCACUUCACCCUUGCCAAUGUCUAUAUAGCAAUGGAGGAGUUUGAGAAAGCCAUGCGCUGGUACGAAUCUACUUUGAAGCUGCAGCCGGAGUUCGCUCCUGCCAAAGAUCGACUGAGAACCAUUCAGUGUUACCUGCUCACCAAGAGAGAACGCCGUCAGCCCUGAACCACUCAGCCAGUUUAAUACCAGUAGCACCCACUGGUCAUGCAUACAUCAGAUACACACACACACACACACACACACACACACACACACACACACACACACACACACACACACACACACAGAAUACAUGUGAAGACCACAAAUAACUUGCACAAAGUAAAAGUGUAAGAAAAAUGAGUGUAGUCAAACAUGUUGUAUGAAGCUUUACAUUCAACUGACUUCUUUUUUUUUUAUUUAACCAAUCCCAAGAAUUAGGUUUUAAAUGUCACACAGUAAAACUGUACAUAAUCCUGGCCCACUACUUAUCUAUGAAAUUAGAGAUGUUUUUGUUAACUCAGAAAUCAAAAGCCUUAGACUUAUUUUUGCAAAUCAAGGUUUGCUUGAUUUGCAAAAAUGGAAGGUGGACAAAGCUGAGUAGUGACCACACGAUCCACCUAAAUCGCAUUUACAUUUUUUUUUUCUUUAAUUUGAAGAAAAGCUCAAACUGUCUUUCUUUUAAGACAUUUUACUACUGUUUGAUAUGAGGAAAUGGAAUCUUAAAAAAAAAACAAAAGUAUAUUGUUCCAUUAUGCUCAAGAAUAUUGAGAUACUGCCGCCUGGAGAUGGUGCAACAUUUUAUUCAAACUUAAUUGGAAAUCUUGAUUGGAAAGAAUGUUAUGCAGUAUUUGCUUUUGCUGGGAGUUUAAAUGAGGUUGAAUCAAAUAAUAUAUUCCCUCACUAUUUCUGCUUUUUUAAAAUGGAUGGGGAUGUUUGGUUUUUGUUUUGUUUUUUGGGGGUUUUUUGGAGGGGUUUUUUUGCACUUUUUUUUUUUUUUUUAUAGCAUUCCUAUUUAUAUGGGACCUACAAUCAAUUUGAUUUUUGCGCCAAGCUGCAAAAGAUUGAAAAUAAAAUAUGCUAUUAUAUUUGCUUCUUAACUUAUGGAAAUCAUCUGGCAGAAAAUGGAUAUCUCAUUGCCCAUCUAUAUAUUAAAAAAAAAAAACACAAAAAAAGUGGAAUCUGUAUUAAAUGUACAGCAUUAAAGGCAGUGUGUGGAUUUCA